AUGAGUAACGAAAGAGUCACCUACGCAGAACUGAAUGUGGCGAAGCACCCAAGGAAACAGCAAAGGAAACCAAGGGGCACUCGCAGCUCCAUCUCAGCAACUGAGCAGGAAAUCACCUAUGCGGAAUUCAGCUUUCAAAACGCCUGUCAAGAGCAUCCUCCAGUCUGCAGGGACCGCUGCUGCAAAGGUUUUCCAUUUCCUCCAGAAAAACUCAUCACUGGGAUUCUGGGCAUUAUCGACUUGGCCUUACUGGUCGCUGUGGUUGUAAUUAGAACAGUUGCCACACCAUAUCCUGAAGCAAACUCUCAGAACAGCUCCUCUGUGACUAGCACCCAGAAAGAUCUAAAUAAUAAUCUUUCUUCAGCACACACUUGUAGCCAUUGUCCAAAGGAAUGGAUAUCAUAUGCCCACAAUUGUUAUUAUAUUGGUGCGGAGAAAAAAACCUGGAAUGACAGUGUGGAGUCCUGCGUUUCCAAAAACUCUAAUCUGCUUCAUAUAGAUAGUGAAGAAGAGCAGGAAUUUCUGAAAUUGUUCUCACUGGUUUCAUGGACUGGAGUCUUUCGGGAGAGCAGAAAUCAACUAUGGAUUUGGAAAAAAGACUCAACUUUCAAACCAAAGAUAACAGAGCCUUCCCAGGAUGAACACAACUGUGUCAUGCUGUCAUCUUCUGGCUUCACAGCAGAUAACUGCACAGCUUUACAUGCAUAUCUUUUCAUAGAUCAGUGUUUCACUCAGUCUUCAUCAGAGAAUCUUCUCUUUGCAUCAGAUGAAAACAAAUACAGAGACCCACAACUGGACACUGUGCAGAAAUCAGCACAGCACCUCCCACCGGACAGUAGACAAGGCGUGACUCAUCUGCUCAGGACUGAAGGUGGCUCGGGACCCAGGGGAGCAGCAAAGGAAACGCAGGGGCACUCACAGCUCCAUUUCAGUAACCCAGCAGGAAAUCAGCUGAUGGAGUUCAGCCUUCAAAACACUUCCCACAGUCACCUGGAGAUCAACAGGCACUGGCACUGCAGAAAUAUUUUAUCACCUCCAGAGAAGCUCAUCGCUGGGAUCCUGGGCAUCAUCUGGUUUGCCUUACUGGUCACCUUGGUGAUAACUACCAGCAUUGUCUCUCCAUAUAUUGAACCAAAGGGGGAAAUCCAAACCUUCCUGUUUACAAGUCAGAAAGGUACACAUUACUUGCUUUCUUCAGCACACUCUUGUGGUCAUUGGCCAAAGGAGUGGGUGUCAUAUUCCCACAGUUGUUAUUACAUUGGUGUGGAUAAAAAGACUUGGAAUGACAGUUUGGUGUCCUGCAUUUCCAAAAACUCUAGUCUGCUCUACAUAGAUAGUGAAGAGGAGCAGGAAUUUCUGAAAUUGUUCUCACUGGUUUCAUGGACUGGAGUCUUUCGGGAGAACAGAAAUCAAUUAUGGAUUUGGAAAAAAGACUCAACUUUCAAACCAAGGAUAACAGAGCCUUCCCAGGAUGAACACAACUGUGUCAUGCUGUCAUCUUCUGGCUUCACAGCAGAUAACUGCACAGCUUUACAUGCAUAUCUUUGUAAGCAUAAGCUCACCAACUAA